AUGAAGCGUUAUGUGGUGAACACACAUUUGGGGGCGCUUCGAUUGAGAUUCUUCAGUACAGCAUUGACUCAGCAUCCAAUGGCUGUCUUCGUUGGUGAAGAACAAAAAAUCCAACGAAAUUCUCUUCUUGGGCCAUCACCGCAGUUUCCUUUACCGGGAAAUGUUUGCGACAGUAAAACAUUUAACGCAGAUUCCACUGUGGAAAAUCCAUCUCAGUCUAAAACAUCGAGUGUAAGGACGACUUCAGUUCAAACUAUCUUAAAUCAAGGACAGCAGUACGCUGCUGCUGAUCAGGCUUAUUUAUACAAACAAGCGGAAUCGGUGGAAUUAGAUGGAAUGGACGAUGUUCGGGUUGAAAUAAAGGCCCAAAAAUGCCCUCGGCUUUUGCAAAGAGAUCUCAAGUCUUUGUUCCCUCAUAUGAAUUUGACACAAGCUUCCGUCAAUGUUAUUAACAUCAGUCAGCAGUCAUCUACUGACCAAUCAGCGUGGUCCACUCAAAUGGAGGCAGAAAGAGAUAAACUUACUGUGAAUUUCAUAAAUACAGCAAAUAAUAUCUGCUCUGCUUUGGAAAAACUGGGCUAUUGGGCUGAUUUUAUUGAUCCAUCUUCAGGACGCCCAUAUCGAGGACAAUUUACAAAUGCAACUCUUUUUGAGACAGAUGAAGCUUUUCAACAAUUGGGUUUCCAAAUUGAAGAUCUAGGCUGUUGCCGAGUGCUAAAGCAUAUCAAAUGGGGUUCUCACGCUUUUGUUGGAACAAUUUUUACUGAUGCACCCAUCGAAAGCGAAAUCAUGAAGCAACUGCUCGAUGAAAAAAACGACUCCGAUGGAAUCAAUUCU